GGGUGGCGCUGCUUAGAGGGGCUCGCGCGGCGCUGGGGGACCUGGCGGCCCUUGCUGCUGCUGCGGUCCGCGGAGCCGUUGACGGAGGCGCUCCGCGCCGCACUGUCGCCGCCUUGGCACUCUACGGCGUGCCGGCCGCCGCCUGCGCGGCGCAACCGGCGCGGCGGGAGCCUGCCGCCGCGGGCGACGGGGGGCGCCCCGGGGGUGCCUGCCGAGGCUGUUUGCCGCGCUUCCUCGGGGACGCUGCGCGAGUGGCGGCGCUGGCGCCGUCAGCGGCGCGUGGGGGAGCGAGGGGAAGCUGGGGCGUCGGCGGACGCAGUGGAGACGGCGGUCUCGCCGCCUGCUGUGCCCCUGGCGGCCGCGGGCGGCCCCCAGAUCGACGCCGACGGCGACGACGACGCCGAGCUCGACGACGCCUGGGCCGACGAG